AUGGGUGAAAAUAAAGUAGGCAUGCUUCAGAUGGUCACUAAAUAAAAUUAAAGCCGUAAAGCUGACAGAUUACGAUCUAGCGUCGGCAAGGGACAACGAAACACUUCCUUUACUCGGAAAAGGUUUACUCUAGGCGUAAGAGUGCUGUUCAAAAUUCGAUAAAGGCCAAUUAAAAAUUGCGAAACCUAUGAUGAAUCAUUAUACCAUCUAUCAAUGCUGACUGCUGUCCGCAGAACAUACGAUAAAUGAAGAAGUAAUCCGUCUCGGGGUUUUAUGCCGUAUCUACCAUAUUCGAAUUAGAAGACAUAUUGUAAACAGACAGUUGAUAUUUCAGCGAUGAAAGAAGAGGAAAUUAAAAAUUAAGACUUGUAAUAGGAUGUAAAGCAUGGUUUCCGCAAGGCAUUUAAACCCUAUGUCGAAAGGAAGUUUGAGUAAUUGCUUCAACGACUGUAAAAGAACUUUGCUAUAUAGUGCUUCGUGGACGAAAAAAUGAUGAAAGUAAAAUACGAAAAUGCGAGCUCUGUCAACUACAGUAUGUAUAAUAAAAGAUAGUAUAUAUGAUGAGAGCAUAGAUGCGUUUCUACCGGAAACAUUACUAGACAAUAACGUCACAUAACCACACAAAAUUUCAAAUUUCCCGCCAUUUUAAAAUUUUUUUGGCAUUCUGUUUCAUCCACUCUAAAAUGACGAAAGUUGUCCGAAAAUCAAUGCAAUCACUGCGCUAGGCCUGAAAAAGUAAUAGGAGGUAAAAAAUGUACAGUUGACUGAAGUUAGAAGCAAUUUGACUUUGCAGCGACACAAUUUAUUUUCUUCGCGGCGAAUAUUCGAUGCGGCUCAUUAGUUUACAGAAAAACUGAUAGUAUAACAUAUGCUGUCAAGACCUUGGUAGAGGUCAAGUAAUAAGGGUCCCUAAUCUAGUUCUACCUAAGAUCCCAAGCCCUAUGCGAAUACAACGACAACGACUAUACAAACGAGCGACAAUACAAACUAACUAUGCCCUAGGCAACAACUUCACAAAUGAACCCACAAUACUUGAGGAACCAACUUCACAAGAGCUGACCAUAGACACAAUACUAAUAGACUACAGUAGAAAUACCAUUUAUUGCAACUUCCAACCGGGAAAAACAAACACAAAAAUAAUCCCAUAAUAAUUGGCGAUUUCUCUUCCUUUUAUACCAAUUUGUCGGUCAUUCCGUGGGAAUAUGCAAAUUCGCACGCGAAGUCGUGACAAUGCUAGCCUGCUUCUUUUAUGUCACAUAUAUAGAAAGACCUAGCUUACAAAUCCCCACCCACGACAGACAUUUGGCUCAUCUUUGUUCCCUUCUUUUAGCAGUCAAAUCUUGGCACUUAAACUCAAAAAAAACCUCACCCCAACCCCGACAGUAAAUCCUUUUUGUCUUCAAAAGAAGGUAAAAUAUGUACCGUAGUAUUCUUCGCAAAGUUACCGUAAUCCGAUGAGAUUAAAGCUCACAUUUAAUACUUUUAACAACAUAUUAUUACCUGAUUCCCAGACCCCAUGACGCAGUAAAUGUUGCAUAUGUUUUACCUAAUCUUAGCGUCUGUGCUACGAAAUUUUUUGAGGAAUUUUAAAAAAUAUUACGUUGAGAUUACCUGUGCUAUCCCGAGUAACACGCUAAUCGAAUAAAAAAGUAAUCUUCUCGCGUCUGACCACGGAGUUAUUCUCGUGAAAACAACAACUCUAGAUGUACUUGUUGCAUUAAUUUCUAGGUAGCAAUGACCCAAAGGCUUAAAAUUUUGUUAAUGAGAUUUAGCGGGUUCUGAGUAGGUCACAAGCAAGGUAGUAAUUAGAUUUGGGAAGUCGAGACAUACAUACUUCUAAUUGCAUUGUUUUUUGGCGUUUGGCCAAGUAAUGAAUAUGGAAAGAAGUGAAAUUCAAAUUUUUUCAACUUUUAGGAAAAACAUGAGCAACUCCUGAAGGAAGAGGGAAAAAUAGUGCAGAAGGGAUUGGAAGUCACAAAACAAUUGCUGAAAUGGUACGACGAAAGAGUGGACAGCCUGGAGAAGAGAAAAAGAAUGCUCAAGAAAGGCAUGGUCGCGUUGGUAGGUGUAAAAUACGACAUGUUUUGAUACUCAAAAUUGUGAAAAUUGAAAUUGAAUUUUUUGAUUUUCUUUCAAAUAACAUCGAUAUAUGUAUAGAAAAAGCCAUGGUAAAGGAAAGAAAUGAUAUUUGGGACAUUACUGGUCAAUAGCGUAACGUAAAAAGUCAAAAUUUCAAAUUUCCCGCCAUUUUUUAAAAUUUUUGGCAUUCUGUUUCAGCUGUUGUAGAAUGCUAAAAGUGGUCUGAAAAUCACUUCUAUGACUGUAGUAGGGCUGAAAAGUGAUAGGAAGUAGAAAAAAUUAGUUGAAAAUUCGGAAAAAAAUAGUAUUUUUCGGGAUUUUUUCGACUGAAAAAUCUUGGUCGGUUUGUUGAAAAAGAUACGAAAAAAGCUCUUAUAUAUCGUAGAAAAGCUUAGUUUUUGAUUUUUGCCAAAUUUUGUAAAAAUCUGAGGUUUGAAUUUUAAUUUUUUUGAAUUUUUUUUCAUUUUUUUUUUAUUUUUUUUUAUUUUUGAAAAUCAAAUAUUUCAGGACUCCGCCGUCCACGAGCAAAAGCUCAACUUCCAGCGCGCCCAAAUCACGGCGUUGAAUCGGCGAAUGUGCGCGUUGAUGACGUCAUCGGAGAAGGGAUUUCCGUCGCAUGAAAACAUCCGGAAUCCCGUGAAGCCCCCUGAAAACGGCAACUACACCAGCGUGGAUCAGCCCGCCAACACCGCGCUGCAAUUGCUGAAGCAGAACCGGAAGCUGGCCGAGGAAUUGGAGGCCAAGUCGCAGCAAAUCGAGCUGUUGCAGCGGGAGAAGCGGCUGCAAGAGCUAAAAGACAUCGAAAAACGCCGGGGAGACAGCAAGUCAAGGUAAGAUGGAGAAGUACUAAGAUGGCCAGUGAUGUGGGCAGCUGAGAUUAGUCGAGAAAAUGACGAAUUUCGGGGAAAAAUGACGAAUUUCGGGGUUUUAGCUCGGAUUUUGGGUAAUUCUCAGUAAUUCUCAAUUUUCGAGGAUUAAAAAGCAAAUAAAAUGGUCUUUUAUGCUUUCCAUAUGAAGUAUAUGAUCUCUUCGUCUCAUACGGAGCAAAAAUAAAAGCCUACGUAAUCUUGAAAUACCUUAAAACCCCAAAAAUUCCCCGAAAAUCCGGGUUUUUUGGUCUAAAAUUCAUUUUUUUCGUAUUUUAGCGCCCUCCCCAACUACGUUCAUCGUCCGGCCGCCCUGGUGCGCCCCGCUAUGGCCAAACAAAACUACUCGCAACUCCCCAUAAAGGUUCAUGAUACGCUGCUCUGA